AUGUCGACAGAUUUCAUGGCUGCAAAGACGACGAAGGACGGCCGUGCUCUUCUCAAGCCGGUUGUCGUGCGGCAGAAGGCCCAACAGCCAGACACGGAUGCUUCUGACCUCGUAGCGAACCUCAUAGAGGCAGCGAAGAAAAUGCAGAUUCGCAAGCUGAGACGAACGAUUGUAGACAUCAAGCAGAGCAGCAAGAACCUGUCAGGAGGUAGAGCUGCAGGCGCCAUGUCGCCAGCGCUUGGCCUCGGAAAUGUCUCUGCUCUGGAAUCCAGACCACUCAAGAGUCCUCUGGUUCAACCAAGCAUCAACGGCACGGACGACAAUGGCCGAACGGCUCUCCAUUUCUCCUGCGGGAUGGCAUCUACAGAAUGUGCCGUUGUGCUGCUAGAAUCAGGAGCUGAGGUGAACGUACGGGACAAUGAGGGGUUUACUCCCCUCCACAUGGCAGCUGGAUACGGUCGCAGCCAAUCAGUCGAGCUUCUUCUCAAAGCAGGAGCUAACCCAUUCGUCAAAGACAAGAUUGGACGCACCCCGCGGGAACUCGCCGUGGAAAUCAGAGACACCGGCAUGCGUCACGACGGCUCCUCCGUCCCUCGCGGCGACAUGGAGGCCACCAUCACUCUCCUGGGUAGCGCGGAGUGGAAAGAGCACCAGGCAGCGAAAGGAAGACAGCACAAUGCGAUUGGUGGUAAUGCGGUGGAGAGCGGUGGUGGCUCUGCUGCGGAUGAUGGGGCGAAGCGGCCGGCUGCGGGGACUCCGCUGGACGAGCUGCUGGCUGCGGCGCAGGCGGGGGAGGCUGACGGCGUGGCGAAGGCGCUGGCGAAAUUAGAAGCGAGGUCGGAUGUUACAUGGAUCGCUGGACGCGCCGCUUCUCUCGCGAACGCUUUCUCAGUUGCUGUUGCGGCUUCUGAGUCAACUCAGAGGCCUCACGUGUCACGUGUGUCUCUCCCACCCUUUCACAGGCAUACAACGGGCACGAAGAGGCUCUCUCAGCGCUCGUAUGCCACGGAGCUGGUGUCGGCGUACAACGGGCAUGAAGAGGCUCUCUCAGCACUCGUGCGCCACGGGGCUGGUGUGGAUGCGAGGUCGCAUGGAGGCGUGACGCCGCUCAUUGCUGCUGCUGAGGGCCGCCAUGCUUGCUGUAUCCACCUGCUCGUCCAGGCCGGAGCAGACGUGAAUGCGCGCACGUCAGAGGGCAAGACAGCGCUGAUGCAUGCAGUGGGGCGCAACUCAGUGCCGGCAACAGAGGCGCUGCUGGCGGGAGGCGCGGACGUCAGUGCUGUGGAUGGAGAAGGCCUGUCCGCUCUGCACCACGGUGCUCGCCUCGAUGCAUCGGACUGCGUUGAGCUGCUGUGUGCCAAGGGCGCGAGCAUGACCAAGAGGUGCAAGAAGGGCCGCACUGCUCUCAUGGACGCACCCAAAGGCUCCGCCUCUGCUGCCAUCCUGGAGGAGAAGUGGAAGGCGUUAGAAGAGGAGGUAGCGAGGCGGCAACUGGAACUCCUGGAGCUGUUCGCUGAUGAUGCCUCUGAUGCCGCCUCAGCCUCCUCCAAGACAAACGCACCCGCAGCAGCAGACGCCAAGAGCGGCAAGGACAAGAAGAAGGCCGGGAAAGGCCGGAGCAGGACUCCCAAGGGGACCGCCUCCCUGACCAGCAAGUUGCAGGGGCUGGCAGAAGGGCCAGGCUCGGCCGCGGGCUCGGCGGCAGGUUCGGUGGGCUCUGCAGGUUUGGUGGGUGAUGUGCAGAAUCUGGUGGUGAAGACCCCAGAGUCGUCUAGCCGACCUAGUAUGUCUCCUGCGAGUUCAGUCUUGGACUUUGGUCAGACCACUGAUAGCUCUGGCAUGAGCACUGCAGAAGAUGAGGAGGGGGAAGGGGAGGGGGAGGACGGGGGGAGUGAGUAUGACUCGCAGGAUAUUUUUGAGAUCAUGGCAGCUGCUAGCAAGAAGGGCUCUGGUGGGGGUGGUGGCAGGGUUGGUGGCGGGGUUGGGUCUGGUGCUGGGGUUGCGGAGGGUAAUGAUGGGUUUAUUCCGGUUGGGAGCGGUGAGAAGGCCCCGAACAGAGUGAGUGAGGCUGCUUCAGCCCCAUCUCCCACCAUCCCUUUGGUUCAGAUUCCACCUCCCGGCCCUGGCAGCAAGCCUGUUUCCUCCACUGGCUCCCCUACUCCCAGUGCGGUGCGGAGCGGUUCCAAUGGAUGCACGUGCAAGCAGAGCCAGCAGCACUGUGAGGAGAACACGGGAGAGCUUGCACGGCGGGUUGCGGAGCUAGAGACAGAGCUGAGAGCCGCCAGAGCUGCAGCAGAUGCGGCCAGGGCUGUUGCUGCAGCAGAGAGGGCCAGGGCGGCUCAAUUGGAGCAACAGUUGAUCAGCGGACGGAAAGCCGCUGAGAUAAUAAGCGCUCGGGACAAGUCUCAGAUUCAAGUUUUGCAGGUGGGAAGAUGGAGCUUUUCCUGCCUGCCUCGCCCCGCUUUCUCUGUCCUCACUCCUCUCUCCCGCUCUUGA